AUUUCUUUUGCAUUCGAAUGCAGACCUAACUCACUAAAAUGAACUCAUCGUGGAUUUCAUUCUUUGAAUUACCUGCCCAACCAGAUCCCUUUAGACAACGGUUUCCUCUUUUGGAUUCGCCAUGGCCUAUCACUUCGAUUAUUGUUGGAUAUCUACUAUUCGUUCUGAAACUGGGCAAAAUUUUUAUGGAACAUCGAAAGCCAUACAAUAUAAAGAAAGUCAUAAUUGCCUAUAAUACCUUUCAGGUGAUCUAUAAUGGGAUUUUAUUUGGAUUUGCUAUAUAUUAUUUGAUCAUCAGGCGGACAUAUGACAAACGCUGCAUGUUACACCUUCCCCUCUAUCAUCCCGAUAAACAAACGGAACGUUUGCUAUCAUAUGCAUAUUUUAUCAACAAGAUAAUCGAUCUUCUCGAUACGGUCUUCUUCGUUCUCCGCAAGAGCUACAAACAGAUUACCACGCUUCAUGUCUAUCAUCAUGUUUUGAUGACUUAUUUCAUGUAUUGGGUUUUCCGAUAUUACGGCUUCGGUGGACAAUACGAUAUGAUGGGACUCUUAAACACUUUCGUUCAUAGCAUCAUGUACUCCUACUAUCUCAUCUCGGUCAUAUAUCCGGAAUUUAGGGGAAAUCUUUGGUGGAAGAAGUAUAUAACCAAAAUGCAACUAUUGCAAUUUGUCCUGUUGCUUUUGCAAGCAUGUCAUGUACUUAUAUUCAAUCCUACUUGCAAAUUUCCACUCUUCCUGCAAUACCUUCAAGUUGUACAAUCUACGACUAUGAUUCUUAUGUUCAGUAACUUUUACUACCAUGCAUACUUGAAGCCAAAGCCUCAGAAACUUCAGAAACAACAGUAAGAUGGAAUGUGAGAGUGAUUUGCAAUUAGAUACCCUGUAGUUAACUUUAAAUCAAUCUAUAAUAUAGAUUCUAUAUACAAUUGAAAAAAUAUAAGUUGGUAAAAUCUUCAUAACAUUUUUACCUGAAUCAAA